UCAGUUUGAUGCAGCAAGUGUUAUGUCUCAGGUUCUUCAUGGUCCUGCUAUAAAUGGUCUAUUGGUAGGGGUUUCAGAGCAGACUGGUGUUGGUUCUUCUGAUGCCUUGAGGAAUAUGUUGGAGCAAUUUACCCAAAGUCCUGCUAUGAGGAAUACAGUAAAUCAAAUGGCUCAACAGUUUGAUAACCAUGACCUUGGAAACAUGCUUUCAGGGUUUGGUAGAGGCCAAGGUGGUGGCAUUGAUCUAACAAGUAUGGUUCAACAGAUGAUGCCCAUAGUUUCUCAAGCUCUCAGUGGUAGGUCUACAAUCCCUCAACAGUUACCAGUUGUCAGGCCUGAUCCCCAGCCGCAGUACAAUGAAAGAAAUUUGAGCGGUGUUGAGAAAGCAAAUGAUCAAGAUACUCAGACUGAACUCCAAGAAAUGGUUCAGAGAAUCGAACACCAGACUCCACCUGAAGAAAUUUUUCGUACUAUAGCCGAAAGUGCUGCCCAAGUAUAUGACAGUGGCAGUGAUGGAGAAGAUCUUGUGAAUGAAUUGUGCCGUGAAGAGGGCCUCGCCAGUGAAUUUAUGGAGGUUCUUCGUCAUGAUCUUUGUCAGCGACUUCAGGGUGGAGACGGCUCUGCAGAGAAGCCAUAAUUAUCCUGUAUUGUCACGGAUGGUUUCUGAUAUCAUCAUAAUUGUUCUGGAUGGCAGAGUUGCUGAUCAUUUAUUGUAAUGUAUCGAGAUUCUAAACAGUAAUACAUGACCAAUGGAGAAGUUUCGCUUUCAAACAGUUACCGUGAACGACUGUUGAUAUUGCAUCUCCUGUUGUGCUUUUCUUGACAACUUGAAAAUCCAAAACCUAGGCUAGAAGGUUAUUUUUCCUUGAUUGUUGUGAAAGCAUUAUUGAAAUGAAAUACUUUGCAGGUGCUCAAUUCUACAUUGGUGUAGACUUGGAUGUGUUUAGACAUAACACAUUUGGUUUGCAA